AUGAAGGUCCAGUCUGGAAACCUCGGAAUCGGCCUGCGUCGCUCUGGGGCGGGAAGCGGUGACUCUGGAUUGCUCAAACACGCACAAAGCGGGGACAAGACAAGCCCAACAGAAGCACAUGAAACGUGCUCCAUCGCACUGGCGAUCAUCAUCCCACCCAUGAUCCAUCCAUUCCAUUCCAGUUCAAAAGCCACAAUCAGCCAUCGGCCUAUCACACUGUCUUUUCUAUCCAUCCGAUCUGUCUACUCCGUCCAUAUUCACCAUCGUAUGAUCCACCAUGAGCCUCUUUCUUUACUGGUUCAGAAAUGGCUUGAGUGGGACCGAAAUCCCGAGACGCGGGCUGAAAUUGAGCAGCUACAGAAGGCUGGAGCGACUGCAGAGCUCGAGCUGCGUCUUCGGCAGCGCAUUCAAUUCGGAACAGCCGGCCUUCGUGGUCGGAUGGCGGCAGGGUUCUCCUGCAUGAACUCCCUAACCGUCAUUCAGGCAUCGCAAGGGUUGGCCAAAUACAUUCGAGACAAACACUCCGACAUUGCGCCGAAUGGUGUGGUCAUUGGCCAUGACGCUCGGCACAACUCUGCUAAAUUUGCUGCUCUGGCAGCCAAUGCCUUUAUUGCGAUGGGAAUACCGGUCUGGUAUUAUUCAAAACCCACGUUGACACCAUCAGUACCAUUUGGUGUGACGCAUGUGCGAGCUGCGGCUGGCGUCAUGAUAACUGCAAGCCAUGUUACAAAGUGUUCGGCUCACGCUUCCUUGAUUCAAAUGGACGAUGCUGACUGGUGGACUAGGUAUUUCAAGAACGGCGCUCAGAUCAACACGCCCAUGGAUGUUGAGAUAGCGCAAUCCAUUGACAACAACCUAGAACCGUGGCCAAAUGCUUGGGACAGCCUAGAAGCCACGGCGUAUCUCCAUGCUGAAGCUCUUCAGACGAUUCUGCCUCGGUAUACCGAGGCGGUUUGGAACUAUGCGAAAUCCACCGUCCCUAGCUGGUCAAGCCCGCGUCCAUUCAUGUAUACUCCUUUGCAUGGGGUCGGAGGUUUGAUCUUUCCCGAGCUAUGCCGCUCGGUUGGGAUAACCGACUUCGCUGCUGUAACAGAGCAAGUGGAACCGAACCCUGAUUUCCCAACAGUCGCAUUCCCAAACCCGGAGGAGAAUGGAUCCCUGGACUUGGCCAUGCAAUCAGCUGAUAAAGAGGGCAAAACGCUCAUUAUUGCUAAUGACCCUGAUGCAGAUCGGUUCGCUGCUGCCGAGAAAGUUGACGGUUCUUGGUUCACCUUCACGGGGAACCACCUUGGCGUUCUACUGGCGUCGCAUUUGUUUGAUUCGCUUGAAGGCCGAAAUGACAAAUCACGCAUAGCUGUGUUGAACUCCGCGGUCUCCACAGGCAUGCUUGAGAAGAUGGCAAGGUCAAAGGGCUUCCACUUUGAGGAAACAUUGACUGGAUUCAAGUGGAUGGGAAACAUUGCCCGGAGACUAGAAGAGUCAGGGUACCAUGUACCUUUUGCUUUCGAGGAAGCCCUGGGAUAUAUGUUCCCAGAUGUGUGCCACGACAAGGACGGUGUGACUGCUGCUAUGGUUUUCCUAGCAGCGGAAGCUCGAUGGAGAUCUCAGGGCCUCACCCCAUAUUCGAAACUACAGCAGCUGUUCAAGGAUUUUGGGUACUUUGAAACACUCAAUAACUACUUCCGAUCACCUAGCCCGGAAAUCACAAAAAGCCUGUUCGGAGCCAUCAGGAACGGGCCUUACCGAACACAAAAAUCCCUUGGUUCAUUCAAGAUCUUGAGAUGGAGAGACAUGACAGAGGGCUAUGAUUCGGGUGCUGAGGAUCAGAAACCAGCAUUGCCAAUUGAUAAAAGUAGUCAGAUGUUGACCAUAUGGCUGGACCGAGAUGUUCGGUUCACCAUCCGUGGCUCUGGCACAGAACCAAAAGUCAAGGUCUACAUCGAAAGCUGCAGUGCUUCUCAUGCGCAGGCUGUGGAUGCUGUCUGUGACACCUUUCGAACAGUUUUGAAAGAGUGGAUCCGGCCCUUUGCUCCUUCGAUGAGCUACAGCAAGAAUCUCCCGACGUCGUCUGGUCAUAUUCUCAACAUUGAUUGA